UCUACUGGGGCCAGUCUAGGUCCUGAAAUACCUUGACUAAAUUUAUAUCCUGGCUGUUGUUUUCACAAGGGUGUCAUUGUAAACACAUGUCAAAUAUCUUCUGAUAAUUCUGGAAUUUCAUCAAAUAAAAGAUAUCAACUUUCAAAUUCAUUUUUGGCUUCUGAGAGAGGAAAUUAUUGUGAAUUGAUACGAAAUGAAAACCAAAACUGUUCAAAAAAUGUUAACUGAUCCCCAAGUGAGUCCUUAAAAUCAAAUAAAGGCACAAAUAUUUACAGUUAAAUAUGUGUGAAGGCCAACCUUAGAAGAAAUGUAUGACUAUCAGACUGCUCUACUCUUUGUUAACAGGUUGAUGAUGACCAAACAGAUAUGACAGAAGACAGUGUUGAAGAAAAUGCCACAGAGGAUGUUGCAGCAACAAAUAAGCAUCAGGAAGAAAUAGACAGGUUAAGAGAAGAGGUGGAAUCAUUAAAAGAAGAGUUGAGGGAAUAUAAAGAUGCAAAGACACCAAGUAAAAGGCAAAGGACAGGAGGGUGACAGUGAGGCUACUAUGCAUGAACCAGGAGCUACAUCAACUAUUGAUGACACCUUCCUUGCAACUAGUUCUGUAGAUGGCCCAACAUUUAUGGCCAAUGCUGGCCAGAAGUGGCGAGAUUUGACCAUUGAACAGAAGCAAAAGUAUGCACAGGCUGCAGCGGAAAAAAGGGCAGAGCCGUUUAAAGGGCAAACUAGAGAUAAAGUGGUGCAGACACAAUUAAAAAUUAUUGAUCAGCCAACCCGUGUCCUGUCAUCAGUUCAUUUUCAGUUUGGAGGAGUGGGGCUGGAUCCAAGAGGGGAAAUUGAUUCAACAACUAUUGGGUCCAGCCUUGCUGUGGAGUUUAUCUCCAAAGAAUUAAAACUGUUGGAGAAGUUUCAUGAAUACGUUGAUGUCAAACAAAGGGCUCCAGCUAAAGAGGACACAAAACGAGAAGACCUGCGCAAACUUGUACGCCAGAAGUACAGAACAUGUUGGGAAAAUGCAACUGGGCAAAAGAAGGCCGUACCAUAUCUGGACAUCAAAAAAGGAAAGAUCAGAGUAAAGGCUACUGGUCUUCCAAAUGGUGUUGAUUUUGAAGACCCAAGCAGCUAUGGGUCGAAAAAAAUGAAGGCCAUACUUGCUUGUACUAUUUCUAUGAAAGUAUGCCCAGAUCCAGAACCAGUGACUAUGAGUGUGAUGAGAGGACAUUGUCUUCAAGUGAUGUAGUAGAAAGUUGUCCUAAAACAGUAGAAGAAACGUAUCCAGACAGUAUAUAUGAGGC